AUGGCAACCCAGUGGCAGCGGCAACCCAAUGACAGUCCCUCGCUUUGUUAUGGUAGAAGUGGAUAUGGUGGAGGUGGUGGAAGUGAGGAAAGUGAAGAGAAGGAAGAUGGUGAUGAAGGGGACCAGAUGUCGACUCACGGACGCGGUCGCGGCCGAGGUAGAGGUAGGAUAGGCACUGUUACUCCUGGCCUGGCAGGGAAUGAUCCAGUAGACUUCAUGGCUGCCCUGGGAAAUAUGGCUGCGGCUAUGCAGGCGACAGCCGAGGCACUGGGUAAUCAGAUAAACCAGGGUAAUCACGGAAACAAUAAUGAUGAGGACGGUCCCAUGACACUUGCUGUAUUCCUGAAAGUUCACCCUCCGACCUUUAGGGGAACCUCAAAUCCCACAGAUGCAGAUAAUUGGAUUCAAGCUAUGGAACGGGCACUGCAGGCUCAGCAGGUUCCUGAGGAGCAAUGGGUUGAGUUUGGAACUUAUCAGUUGCAAGGUGAGGCUCAGCAUUGGUGGCAGGGGACACGACGUAUCCUGCAGCCAAAUGGCGCUGUGAUUCCUUGGGAGAUUUUCCGAACAGAGUUCUAUAAAAAAUACUUUCCUAAUUCAGCCAGAAAUGCCAAAGAACUUGAAUUGAUGCAGUUAAAGCAGGGACAGAUGACUGUUGCUGAGUAUACUAGCAGGUUUGAGGAGUUAUGUCGCUUUUCUCGUAUUUGUCAAGGUGCGCCUGAUGAUUUUGCUGAGUGGAAAUGUAUUAAGUAUGAGGGAGGUCUUCGAAGUGAUAUUCUGAGCUUCGUUGCACCAAUGGAGAUCAGAGUGUUUUCAGAACUGGUAAACAAAAGUAGAGUUGCUGAGGAUUGUCUGAGAAAGGCGACAUCAGAUAAGAGUGAUCAGCGAAUUUUUGUUAGGAGAGAUCAGGGAAGGAACUUCGCCCCUAGAGGACAAGAUUUUAAACGAGGCGGUUAUACCCCACAACCACAUUUGGGUCAGAAUAACUUCCAGAGAUUCAGUAAUAAUAACAGCCAGGGAAGAGGCAAAGGAAAGCAAGCUCAGACCCCACCGAAUGAUUUAACUUGUAGAAGGUGUGGAAAGUACCACCCGAAUACUCCGUGCAGGGCUGGUUUAGGUGUAUGCUAUUACUGUGGUGAAGCUGGGCAUUUGUCUUGGAAUUGUCCAGAAAAGAAGAAGAAUCAAGAAGCUGGAAAGGCACAACAUCAGGGACGCGUGUUCACUAUGACAGCGGAUGGUGCUGGAACCGCAGAUACUCCGAUUAGAGGUAAUCACGCACUGAUAAUCGAAAUUUCCGACUGCCUUGCGUAG